AUGUCUCGCUCUAACUCGGUUCUCCCCCCUGCCUCCUCCUGUACGUCUCACUGCACUACUAGUGCUCCCCUGCACCUCUGCCUGCACCGUUUCUUCCCCUUCCCUCCCCUGCCGCCCCCCACGCCCUUCCCCCUCCUCUCACCGCCAGGCAUAACGGAUCUCUUCCUGCGCACCGCCAUGGCAGUGCCAUCAGGAGCUCCUCCGUCAGCAGUGCUGUCGUCGCUGCUGCGCGCCCUCAGGCAGGCGCCAGCAGUGGCCGCCGCGCGCCUCUCCCCCGCACCCCCACCGCCUCCAUCUGUGGGCACUGCUCUCACGCCGCGUGCUGGCACCUGUGCUGCCAACCUGGCGAGCGGGCAGCAGAGGCGUGGCACGGCGGGGCAGCAGCUGGCGGCGCUCUUCCUGGCAUUCGUGGGCGACUCUGAUGACUGCCUGUACGCCUCGCUCUUUCUUCCCUGCCUUGCUCCGUUCGCCACCCCUUGCACCACUCCUUGUUUGCAGCAAAGUAUGCCGACAGUGCAUACAGGGCACGUGGAGAUGAUACAAGGGGGCGCGGAAAGGGCAGGCAGGGAGGAGGGCGAGGAGGCGGAGGAGGGGGUGGUGGUGAACAGAGCAAUGGUGAGGGGCAAGCAGUGGCACGUGGUGCUCUCUGAUUGGCUGGAGCUGCUGAAGCGAGUAGAGCUGACAGCGUGUGGCCCCAAGGGAGAGCCACUCAAGCAUGUCAUCAUCGACAGGUUUCUGGUGCACCCAGAUCCGGCGGUGCAGCAGCUAGCGUUGGAAUGUCUGGUGGCGUGGCGCCAUGGCUGUCUGCCCAAGUACGCCGCCCGCCUCGCCGCCCUCGCCUCCUACCGCUCGCUCAAAGAGACCCUCACCACGUGGGAUAUCAGCCCCGUGGAUGGGGAUGGGGAGGAGGGCGAGGAGGAGGAGGAGGGGAGGGUGGCGGAGGCGGACAGGGCGAGUGUGAUCCCGGUGAUCAUUCGCCUGCUGCUGCCCAAGCUCAAGAAGAGGAGCGGGCAGCUCGCAGGGAAGGUGAGGCGAGUGAUUCUGCGCAGUGCGCAAGUAGCGGUCAUGUCUGCACACGCUUCUCUCCUGCUUGGCAUUCUUGCUGCUUCCACUGUCCGUUCUGCACCCUUCUUCACUCGCCGAAUCCCCCUAUCCCCUCAUUCUGCCCUCUCCCAGGCGGCAGCAGGAGUGCAGCGAGGCACAGUGCUGACAUUCCUGGCGCGCCUGCCCCCCUCGGAGCUGCUUCCCCUCUUCCACCUCAUGCUGCUGCCCUUCCGCCCCGCCCUCCGCCCCGCCCACCAUCCGGGCGCGGUAGUGCAAGGAGAGGCAGGCGAGGAGGCGUGGCAGCAGGCGCUGAGGCAAGGAGCCACGGAGGACUUCCUGCUGCUGCUGGGGGAAGGGGGGGAUGAGGGGGAGGGGGAAGCGGCGGGGGAGGAGGGGAAGGAAGGGGCAGUAGGAGCGGGAGCGGGAGCGGGAGUGGGAGCAGGAGUGGGGGUGGGGAUGGUGGGGCGCAAGCGAGUGAGUGGGUUUCUGCACCUGGCUGUGGACGUGGUGCGCGUGAUGAGCCGCCACCAGCUGCAGCCCUACGUGCUCGCCCUGCUGGCCGUCGCCGUGCGCACUGUGCAGUGCUACCCGCCCCUGCCUCCCAGUGCUGCUGGCGGUGAGGGGCGUGUGGAGGAGAGGCUGGAUGAGAAAAUGGGUGAGGCAGUGGAAGAGAAGGAGAUAAUAGAAGAGGAAGGGGAGGGAAAGGAGGAAGUAGAGGUUGAGGAGGAGGAGGAGGCAGAGGAGGCAGAGGAGCUUGAAGGGGAGGAAGGGCAGAAAGACGAGGUUAUGAAAGGCAAAGAAGAGGGUGCCGAUGCUGCUGCUGAGGGGCCUGGCGAUGCUGAUGAGGAUGGGCACAAGGAGGCGGGGGUUGAUGCACCUGAGGAAGACAACGAAGACGACGAUGAUGAUACGGAGGCCAAUACCAACGCCAGCCAGUCCAUCUCCCCUCACGUGCCCAGCUGGACUCGGGAGCUGCGCUCACUCGCCCUGCGACUGCUGGCAGCCAUCCUCGCCAAGUUCCCCGACAUCGCCACGCGCCCCUCCCUGCCCGCCCCCCUGCGCCCCUGGCCGCUGCUGCUCGCCGCCCUCUCCCCCGCCCUCACCCACCUCGCGGUUGACAACGCCGCCUCCUCCGAGCCUUCCGCGCUGCUCGCGCUGUUGCUCGCCCUCUCACGCUCGCCUCGCCUGGCGCUCCUGCUCGCCUCCCACCCGCACGCACUUCCCGCGCUCUCUGCGCUGCUCUCCUCGCCCUCUGCGCGCCUGCCUGUGGUGGGUGCAGCCAUGGGGGUGCUCUCUCACGUGGUGGCGUGGGGCGUGGUGGAGAGGGAGGAGGGUGAGGAGGGGGAGGAGGAGGGCGAGGUGGUGCUGCAAUGGGAGCAGGCGGGGGGGCAGAUGGGAGGGGAGGUGGAGGGGGUGCGAGUGGCGAUAGGCAAGGCCGUGGAGGGGCAUCUGGCGGCCAUCCUGCCACACAUGCAGCAGUUCAUUGCAAGGCAGGGUGCACUCUAUAGCAGCAAGGGGGCGGGGAGGGCGCUGAAGGUAUCAGCGCUGGCGGUGGUGGGGCGCAUGGCAGGCAUGGUGACACACGCGCACCUGGCAGGCCAGCUCGCAGCCGCGCUCACGCCCUUCCUCAGGCAGGCAGCGGGCGGCAGGCGGCGAGUGGACGAGAGCACCACAGCGGCCGUGCUGGCAGUGCUGCAGAGCCUGGCGCCGCUGCUGUCCCGCACUGCAGCUGCCACGUGUGUGCGGCUCUUCGCCCCGCUAGUCACCCACCUGCAGUCAAGGCCCGCUCGCCUGGCCCUCGUGCACACGCUCUCUGCGCUCGCUGCCGCCCACCCCUCACACUCCAUGCGCCUCCUGGCGUCACUAGUGGCGGACCUAUGCGCAUACGACCCGGCGCGCAUAGACGAGUACGACUACACGCGCCGCCUGCACGCCUACACCUCCAUGCACUGCCACCUGCCUGACCCUCCCGCCACCUCCACCCCUUCCUCAAAAGACAGUUCUGAUAGCGCAGCCACCGCGCUGCAGCGCUCGGCAGAGCAGGUGCAGCAGCAGGUGGUGGUGGCGGUGGGGCGGGAGGGGUGCCUACUGCUGCUGAGCUGCGCAGUGCGGGACAUGGCGGACGAGGACAUGUCGCUGCGCCACUCCGCUGCCCACUUCCUGCAGUCCUUCGUGCGCCUCGCUGCUGCCCUCGCUGCUCUCCCUCCCGCCCCUGGUGCCACUGCUGGUGCGAGGAAGGGCAGGGAGGGGGAGGAGGGGGGCGCAGUGAGUGGGAGGGAGGCGAGGGAGCUGGUGAACGCAGUGCUGCUGCGCCACAUCAAGAAGGGCCUCCACUCGCCCAUCAUCGUCGUGCGCAGGGAGUGGGUGCUGUUGCUGCGUGACGUGGCGCUGCACAUGGGUGCCACGUCACCAGUGGCGGAGCUGAGGUGUCUGGUGAGGGAGGAUGACGUGGAGGCGGAUUUCUUCCACAAUCUCGUGCAUCUGCAGACUCACCGCCGCGUGCGAGCGCUCACCAAGUUCGCCGCCCUCUGCCCCACCGCCCACUUCUCUCCGGAGGUGUUGCUGGAGGCGGUGGUGCCAGCGCUGCUACGGCAGCUGGUGGAGGGGCGGCCGGACAGUGAGAGCGGCGUGAUGGACGCCACCAUGGCCGCCCUCUCCGCCCUGGCCGCCCGCCUGCCCUGGCCCGCCUUCCACUCCCUGCUCUCCCGCCUGCUGGCUCUGCUGCCACGGCGCAAGGAGAAGGGCGAGCAGUGGUGGGAGGAGAGCAAGGGCAGGGGCGGGGGGAGGGGUGGCGAGGAGGUGAGUGCGGCGGGGCAGCGGGCGAUUCUGAGGGCCAUCUGUGGCGUGCUGGAGCAGGUGAAGCACGUGGUGGGGGUGGGGGGAGGGGAGGAGAAGGGUGACAAGGAGGAAGAGAAGGGUGAGAAGGAGGGUGUGGAUGGGAAGGAGGGUGGAGAAGCGGGUGGGAAGGAUGGGGACGAGGGGAAGGAGAUUACUGAUAAGGAGAGCAAGGGAGGAAAGGAGGAGAUCAGGCAAGUGGCAGCAGCGGAGGCAGGGAAGGAGGAGGGGGGAACGGCAGUGUCGCUGCGCAUACAGCAGGUGUUGCUGAAGGACAUCAUCCCUCAGCUGUCCAAGCACCUCGUGGCAGGCGAGGCGGGCCGCGAGGAGGUGAACUCGCAUGUGGCGCUCGCCGUGACGCGCACGCUGCUGCUGCUGCCGCCCGAUGCCAUCCGCUCGCACCUCCCCGUGCUCCUGCAGACCGUCGUCAACCCCCUCAAGUCGCGCUCGCAAGGGACGAGAGACGCCGCCCGGGCGGCGCUGUGCCAGGUGGCGGGGGCGCUGGGUCCGGCCUACCUGGGGUACGUGAUCGGCAUGCUGCGCAGCGCACUUACACGCGGGUUCGAGCGCCACGUGCUCGGCUUCACACUGCACGCACUGCUGCUGCAUGCCGCCACCACCCACGGACGCACCAUGCCCCCAGGUGCCCUGGACUACUGCCUGGGCGAGUGCCUAGCAGUGGCGGUGGAGGGGCUGCUGGGGCAGGUGGCGGAGGAGAGGGAGGUGGACGCGGUGGCAGCGGGCGUGCGGGAGAAGCGCCAGAGCCGGUCGCUGGAGACGGUGCGCAUCGCUGCCUCGCUGGUGAACGUGCGGCGCAGCACGGCCCUGCUGCUCGCCCCCAUCCGUGCCGCCCUGCCUGCAUCGCUGGAUCCGAGGGUGAAGCGGCACGUGCAGGAGAUGGUCAGACAUAUGGCCAUUGGGCUGCUGGCCAAUCAGCACGCGACAGCUGGCGACCUGCUGGUGCUGGUGCACGCGGUGCUGUGGGAGGGCGUGCGCGUGGAGCAGGCACAUGCGGCCGCAGUGGGUGAGCGGAAGCGACUGCGUGUGGAGGCUCGGGAGGGGAAGGGUGGGGGGGAAGGGAAGGGGGAGGAAGGAGGGAUGGAGGAGGAACUGGGUGAGGAGUGUGGGAUGGAAGGGGAGGAAGCGGAGGGCAAGGUAGGAGGGCGGAGGAGACGGAAGAAGCAGAAGGGGUUGGGGUUUGAGGGGAUGCCGAACGGGCAUGUGGUGGCGCUGCUGGGCCUGCAGCUGCUGCUCUCCCUCGCCUCGCACGACCGCCUGCCCGCAUCUGACCCCGCCCUCACACCGCGCCUCAAUGCCCUGGUGCACCCGCUCUCCCUCGCCCUCUCCUCGCCCCACGACGCCGUGCUAGCAGCCUCUUUCCGCGCCCUCGCCUUCCUCCUCCACCGCCGCCUCCCCUCCGUCGCCACCGUUGCCCCCCGCGUCGCCACGUCAGCGUUCAAGGUGGUGCAGCAGGCGGGGCGGGCGGCGGCCGUGGCGGGCGGCAUGGUGCACUCGUGUCUGAAGCUGCUAGCCGUGCUGCUAGACAGAUGCCCCGAGGUGAAGGUGGGCGAGGAGCAGGUGCGAGCGCUGCUGGGCAGUGCAGUCUUCACAGACCUCGAGCUGCCCUCCACUCGCACCACCGCCUUUGCCGUUCUGCGCGCGCUGCUGCGGCGGCGAGUGGUGGUACCUGAAGUGUAUGACGCCAUGGGGCGCGUGCAGCUGCUGCUGCUGCGCUCCCACACGCCCUCCGUGCGCCAGCUCAGCGCAGCGCUGCUUCUCGCCUUCCUGCUUGACUACCCGCUGGGUCCCGCACGCCUGGAAGCACAUCUGAGCUUCCUGAUAGUGAAUUUGAAGUACGAGCACCAGAGCGGGCGAGAGGCCGUGCUGGGCAUGCUGCGAGCCAUCAUCGAGGGAUUCCCCUCCGUGCUCGUGGAGGCCCACGCCGAUACCUUCUUCCUGCCGCUCGUCACUCGCCUAGUCAGCGAUGAGUCAGCAAGGGUGCGGCAGCUGGUAGCAGCGGUGCUCAAAGCGCUGUUUGUGCGAGUCAAGCCGCCCACGUGCGCGCGCCUGCUGCGCUUCGCGUCUGCAUGGUUGGUGGAUCCGUCCCCCCAGCUGCAGCAGGCAGCAGCGCUGGUGUUAGGGGUGGCGGUGGAGGCGGUGGGGGUGGGCGGCGAGCAGGGGGGCAUGGUGGCGGCAUGGAUGGGUGCUGCUGCGCGGAUUGUGCAGCGGGCGCAGGGAGGGGAGGAGGGUGAGGGAGGGGGAGUGGAGGGGUGGAAGGGUGUGUACGCGUGUGUGGUGCUGGCUGAGAAGGUGCUGCAGCGGGAGGGUGGGCAGGUGCACAGCAGCAGCAUGCGUGCGCUGUGGCGGCAACUGCCGGCGCUGCUGCUGCAUCGCCACCUCUGGGUGCGCGCUGCUGCCUGCCGCCUCCUGGGGGCCUACCUCUCCCAUGCCACCACUGCCGCUGCUGCAGCCGCUGGUGGUGGUGGGAGCAAGGGCGUGUGUGGGGCGGAGGAGGAGGGUCUGAAGGCUGUGGUGAGGGAGCUGGUGGAAAAGGGCGAGCAGGAUGAGGGGGAGGACGAGGAGCAAGAGGAGGGUGAGGGGAGGGGGGCAGGGGUGGCGGUGUGGCAGGUGCUGCUGCAGCCAUCGUACUUGGUGGUGGUGGCAGGGGCGCUGUGCCGUGUGCUGGAGAGCAACGCCAGUGACGAGCGGCUGGCACAGCACACUGUCAAAAACCUUGUCGCCCUCGCUCCCCUCCUGCCCCUCCUGCCUUGCCGUGCCAUUAAUGGCACUGCUGGUGGUGGGAUGAGGAAGGGAAGGGAGGGGGGAUCGGGGUUGGUGGUGGAGCUGGAUGGGUGUGCCAUAGGCAGGGAGGGCAGGGGGCGGCUGAAACUGGGGUGGCAACUGCUGCGGGUGAGGAGGAGAGAGGGAGAGAAGACUGGGGAUGGCAGUGGUGGCGAGGAGGAGGACGAGGAGGAGGAGGAAGAGGAGGAGGUGUUGGGAGAAGCAGAGGGAGGGGUGGAAGGGGGGGUUGAGGAGGAGGAGAAAGCAGAGGAAGUAGAGGAAGAAGAGAAGGGCGAUGAGGAAUCAUACCUUGUAGACUUUGGGGAGGGUAGUGGUGUGGGCGAUGCUGGUGCUGCUGCUGAUGCUGCUGUUGCUAAUGCCGAUCCUGGUGCUGAUGCUGAUGCGGAUGCUGAUAUGGAAGCGACAGGUGCAGGGAGUGGGGCCGUCAUGUUGGGUGAACCAGUAGGGGAGGGCAGUGAGGGCGAUGCAGAGGGCAGUGGGGAGGCAGGGGAUGGGGAGGAGGCAGAGGAGAGGCAGCAGAGCGAUGGGGAGGAGGGCGGUGCAGGGGAGCAGGAGGAUGGGGAGGGGCAACUGGAUGGGGGCUAUGUGGCGUUAAGGGAGGGGGCAGGGGAGGAGGCGACACGGCACAUAGCGCUGGGGGCGGUGAUGAAGGCGGUGGCACGUGUGGCGUACAGAGUGAAGCCCAUUCAGGUGUGGCCCUUCGUGUGCUGUGCUACUCACACGCUCCACAUACCAUCUCUCUGUGCUUCAAUGAUUUCUGCUUCCACCCUCCCCUCACUCCCCCCUCAUCCCUCUCCCUUCCCCCUUUCACUCCCUCUCCCCACACAUCCCCCCCCUACCCUUGCCCCCAUGCAUGGAGCCCACCAGACGGCAGCAGCGCUGCGGUGUGUGGCAGCGCUGGCGACAGCACUGGGAGGGGAGGGGGUGCGGCCAUACCUGCCGGACGUCAUGCUGCCACUCUUCCGCCUCUCACAGGGCUCUGCAGGCGCUGUUGUCCCACGUGAGCCCCUCUCCACACCCCUGCACCCGUCUGUUGGCUUGGCAGUCCCGGCACUGGUGUUCGCCCUGCGUGCCAUUUGUAGCACUGCUUCGCACACCCAACCUCCCCACGCCUCCUCUUUACUCACUUUCUCAUCCGUUCCUCCCGUCUCCCCUGUAAGCCUCCUCCAACUCACCCUCCCCCCCCCCCCUCAUCUCCCUCCCGUCUCUCUCUGCCCCCUCGCCUCGCCCCGUGCACAUCAAGCAGCGGAGGUGCAGGGGGUGGUGGGCGAGGUGGUGGAGCACGUGCGCCACGAGGUGGGCCCCGCCGCCUUCAUUGCCGCCUUCUCCGCCGCGCGCGACACCGCCAGGAGGCGCGCGGCAGCCAGGCGGGAGGCGGCGCGCGUGAGCGUGCUGGUGGACCCCGAGAGGCACGCUCGGCGCCGGGCGAGCCUGGCGCGCAAGCGAGGCGAGUACAAGAAGAGGAAGAACCAGCAGCACCGCCGCAGCAAGAUGCGGUGA